AUGUCUAUCGAAUUCGCCAAGCAAGUUGAGCAGGUGGCUGCUGCUUCCAGCACUCCCACCGCCGCUCCCUCAUCCAGAGGUUCAAGCCCCAUGAGCAUGGGUGGCCCGGCCACAACCGCCAUCGCCAUCGUUGUGGCCGUCUUGCUGCUUGUGGGAAUCUCUCUUAUUGCUUUCCACGAGCACCGGAAGAAGAAGAAGGCCGACGCGGCUCGGAGGAACGCCGGCGAUGUGGAGGGAUGGGAUAACAGGCAGUCGGUGGCGAGCUUUGAUACUAUCGAUGAGAUCAAGGCGCCGCAGCCUGCGGCGAGGAAUAUGCUUCAGGGCAGGCGGUUCUUGUUUCUCUCACGGAAUCGUUGA